GCUGCGUGGGCGUGCGCCUGCGCGGCGCGGAGGGGCCAGGAAGACGCCUCUCCCCGGCGCCCUGUAAGGCAGACAGGUGGAUGUACGCGUCGCUCGGUGCGUAGCUGCGCGCGCAAGGCCUGUAGCGCUUUCGAGAGGAAGGGUCGAGCCAGGGACGCGUGCGCACGGGGGCUGGAGGCGCGUGGGACGGAAGCGGAGCGGAGGCGCCGCUGAGGUGGAAGACGAGCCCGCCUCAGGUUACCACCAAAGAACAUGAUUUUGGUCUAGGGGCUCCAGUUUCUGAGGCUGAAAAAUACCAGAAUACUCUCCAGCUAGAACAAGAAGUGAGAAACCAAGACAGAUUCAUCUCUACACUAAAAUUACAGGCAUUUGAAUACCUUCGUGAUAGAAAAGGCCCCUUUCUUCAUCCGUUGAUGGUUUGAUAGUGGGCUGGGAAGGAAAGCUGUGGUCUUCCACAUUAGUCAGCAAAUACUUGAUUGAUUUGGUAUUUAGCUUAGUCAAAUUGAAGAUCUCAAACAGAAAAAUCAUGACUUGGAAGAAUAUGUUAGGAAACUCUUGGAUAGUAAGAAGGUGGUAAGCAGUCAAGUAGACGACUUAACCAACCACAAUGAGCACCUUUGUAAAGAAUUGAUUAAAAUUGACCAACUAGCAGAGCAACUAGAAAAAGAGAAAAAUUUUGUGGUGGAUAUUGCCGACAAGGAACUUGAAGAAGCAAAGUUCUGGCUCCUGGCUUCAGCUAAUGCGGACCCUGGGCAGCAAGGAUAAGGACUUAGUGGCAGAUCUGCUGCCCAAAAGCAAGACCUGGAUCAAGGUCUCAGAUCUUAACUUCAGUCCUAGCUGGGCUGUUAUAGGAAUUUGGGAAGUGAACUAGUGGAUAUUGAACUCAGUUGCCAGCAAAAUAACAUAAUAGUAUUGGAAGAUACUGUAAAAAAACUUAGAUCUAUAAUUUUAGAGACUGAAAAAGCACAAAAUAAAUCUCCUUCCAGACUUGAUUCCUUUGUCAAAGCUUUAGAAGCAGACAGAGAUUACUAUAAAAGUGAAGCUCAAAAUUUGAGAAAGAUGAUCAGAAGUAGGUCUAAAAGUCCAAGGCGCCCAUCACCAUCUUCCCGGGGUGCAAACUGUGAUGUGGAACUUUUGAAGUCAACAACAAGGGAUCGUGAAGAACUUAAAUGCAUGCUGGAAAAAUAUGAGCGUCAUUUGGCAGAAAUUCAGGGUAACGUCAAAGUUCUUACAUCUGAAAGAGACAAGACCUUCCUUCUCUAUGAACAAGCACAGGAAGAAAUUGCCCGACUUCGACGAGAAAUGAUGAAAAGCUGUAAGUCUCCUAAAUCAACAACAGCACAUGCUAUUCUCCGGCGAGUAGAGACGGAAAGGGAUGUAGCCUUCACAGAUUUACGAAGAAUGACCACAGAACGAGACAGUCUGAGGGAAAGGCUAAAGAUUGCCCAAGAGACAGCAUUCAAUGAGAAGGCUCACCUGGAACAAAGGAUAGAGGAGCUGGAGUGCACAGUUCACAAUCUUGAUGAUGAGCGUAUGGAGCAAAUGUCAAAUAUGACUUUGAUGAAGGAAACCAUAACUACUGUGGAAAAAGAAAUGAAAUCACUAGCAAGAAAGGCAAUGGAUACUGAAAGUGAACUUGGCAGACAAAAAGCAGAGAAUAACUCUUUGAGACUUUUAUAUGAAAACACAGAAAAAGAUCUUUCUGAUACUCAGCGACACCUUGCUAAGAAAAAAUAUGAGCUACAACUUACUCAGGAGAAAAUUAUGUGCUUGGAUGAAAAAAUUGAUAAUUUUACAAGGCAAAGCAUUGCACAACGAGAAGAAAUCAGCAUUCUUGGUGCAACUCUCAAUGAUCUGGCUAAAGAAAAGGAAUGCCUGCAAGCAUGCUUGGAUAAAAAAUCUGAGAAUAUUGCAUCCCUUGGAGAGAGUUUGGCAAUGAAAGAAAAGACCAUUUCAGGCAUGAAGAAUAUCAUUGCUGAGAUGGAACAAGCUUCAAGACAGUCUACUGAAGCCCUAAUUAUGUGCGAACAAGACAUUUCCAGAAUGCGCCGACAGUUGGAUGAAACAAAUGAUGAGCUGGCCCAAAUUGCCAGGGAACGAGAUAUCUUGGCUCAUGACAAUGACAAUCUGCAAGAACAAUUUGCUAAAGCCAAACAAGAAAAUCAGGCACUCUCCAAAAAACUGAAUGAUACUCACAAUGAGCUUAAUGACAUAAAACAGAAGGUUCAAGAUACUAAUUUGGAGGUUAACAAGCUGAAGAAUAUAUUGAAGUCUGAAGAAUCUGAAAAUCGGCAAAUGAUGGACCAACUUCGAAAAGCCAAUGAAGACGCUGAAAACUGGGAAAAUAAGGCCCGUCAAUUAGAGGCAGAUAACAAUACCCUCAAAUUGGAACUUAUCACUGCUGAAGCAGAGGGUAAUAGAUUAAAAGAAAAAGUAGAUUCCCUCAACAGAGAGGUUGAACAACACCUCAAUGCAGAAAGAUCUUACAAGUCCCAGAUUUCAACCUUACAUAAGUCAGUUGUCAAGAUGGAAGAGGAGCUUCAGAAGGUUCAGUUUGAAAAAGUAUCUGCCCUUGCAGAUUUGUCUUCCACAAGGGAACUCUGUAUUAAGCUUGACUCUAGCAAAGAACUUCUUAAUCGACAGCUGGUUGCUAAAGAUCAAGAAAUUGAAAUGAUGGAGAAUGAGUUAGAUUCUGCUCGUUCUGAAAUAGAACUUCUCAGGAGUCAAAUGACAAAUGAGAGGAUCUCCAUGCAGAAUCUAGAAGCUUUGCUGGUGGCCAACCGAGACAAAGAAUACCAGUCUCAAAUAGCACUGCAAGAAAAAGAAUCUGAGAUUCAGCUUCUCAAGGAACACCUUUGUUUGGCAGAAAAUAAAAUGGCCAUCCAGAGUAGAGAUGUGGCUCAGUUCAGAAAUGUUGUAACGCAACUAGAAGCUGACUUAGACAUUACUAAAAGACAAUUAGGGACAGAGCGAUUUGAAAGGGAGAGGGCUGUACAGGAACUUCGCCGCCAAAACUACUCAAGUAAUGCUUAUCAUUUGAGUUCUACGAUGAAGCCAAAUACAAAAUGUCAUUCACCAGAACGUGUUCACCAUCGAUCUCCUGACCGAGGCCUGGAUCGAUCAUUAGAAGAGAAUCUUUGCUAUAGAGAUUUCUGACAUGCGAAAAUUUUCUUCACAUCCUUGGAAAAGUCAAAGUUACAAACUGAUUUUUUUUGCUGUAUGAUUGCACUUAUCUUUUGAAUGCGUGACGGUGUUAAAUGUGUUUAUUGACUUCGUGCCUCUGAAUCUCUGUUCUCAUGUGCCAUACCGCAGUGAUCGGAGAUGAAUUAUAAAACAAAAGCGUAUGGCUCUUCCUAUUCAUACAGUAAUAGUGAGUGUAAAAUCUGCUUACUUCACUAUUGAACACUGUUUUGUUAACUAUCCGGAGUAAAUAAAGAAGCUUAAAAAAAAGAGGGAAAGUGUUUUUA